CAUGACGUCAUCCAUUCAAGAAGCUUCCGUUAGCUAACUUGCGAGGCUAAUCAUUUGAAAUGAUCGAAUUUUUACUUAAUAAAAUCGAGUUUUCGACCUGUAAAUCGACACAUGACUAAUUCUACAUAGGAUAUACAAGAAUUUUAUCGCUUUUCUAAAGAAAAUGGAUUUUGAGUAAAAUGAUGGUGACAAAGAGGAUCCGCUCCGAGUACAUGAAGAAAUUUAAGGAUCCAAAAUGGGAGACUUACGCCAAAUGCUACGAGGAGAUGCUGAAGUACAGACUGACACGCAGGCUGUUGGAGCACACACACAAACCAUGGUUCUGGAGCGGUUCUGACAGUGAUUCAGACUCAGGAGACAGAAGCCCACCUCCCUGCAAGAACCAGGUGGGGGUUGAGUCCAGCAAACACACGGAGCUGGAGGAGUGUGUGGAGCUGAGAAAGACCAGACCAGAGGAGCGGCAGACCAGAAGCACAGGUCCUCAACCCAGAAUCCCCAAUCCAGACAAGCAGGAAGAGGAUGUGUCUGCGCCACAAUCUACAGUUCAUGUCUCAGGCGCACAGCAUGACGGUAUGAGGGAGACAAGACUCCUGCAUGUGGAGGAAAAGGAGCAGAGAGCCAAAGGAAAUAAACAGUCAACAGAAUCUCCAGAGAAAGUCAGAGAUUUUGCGCAGCCACAACUGAGAAAAUCCUCAAAAACCACAAAAAGAGCACAGAAGGUGAGGCCCACUCCACCACGGCAGCCCAGAAAGGAUGCGAAGGAAAGCAGGCAUCCUUUUGCUCUGUAUGGCUCAGGGGAGAGGAGUGCUGACAUGGCAGGCAGAAGAACACACAACGUCGGCCCUGCAGCAUCCACAACCGAGAUCCAUGAAUCAGCUCUGCGUGCGAGGACCAGGAGGGAGGUGGAACGACAGAUGCAGAUCCAGCAAAAUGAGAGGAGGAGAGCCAAGUCUGCCGACAUGGAAAAGGCCAGGAGACUAGUUGAACCAGAGUUCAACCCUUGGCUCAGCGAGUACAUGCGCUGUUUUUCCGCUCGCUCUCGAUAGGAUGAUCACAAUGAUUUUUGGCUAAUACACAAGAUUUUAAGCCAAGUCUCUUUUAUGGGUUUAUACACCUGCAGAACCCGAACGCGGUCAUGUCAAAAAAAAAAAACUAGUUUAUUUACAGAAGCAUUCACCUUACAUAGUUUUUACACUGAAAUUAUGUGUGUGGCUUUUAGGUCAUAAUUUGAAUGCUAUCAUUUUUAUAGAUUUUACAACUAUAAAGUGAGAAAGAUGUUGCAAAGAAGAAGAAAUUAUCAAAACUUCAAAUAAAGUAAAGUAAUGGAAAUUCCGUCAGAUGAUUAAGAUUAGGAUGAUGUUGAAAUGAAUCUUAAAGCUAUAUUCAGACACAAUCUCUCUUCAUAAACACAUCACCAACCCAUACUUUAUAAACGUGAUAGAAUUAUGGGUAACAGUUGAUGAUGUUUUAAUGGUUACUCUGUGCUUUUCUAAAGUUAGAAAAGAGCAAACACAAUUGACUUUUCCUGAGACUAAAUCACUUUGAUCAUUUGUACCAUUAUUCCAAUCUUCUGACGGAGUACUUUUAACUUAUUUUUAAUUAUUUAACUGUUGAAAAGCAUUUUAAACAAGUUUACCAAAUGUAUCUGACUGAACUGUAUUUUACCUUGAAAUGAUUACAGAAGCAAAUCUGAAACAUUCCUUAUCUUGUGUACCAUAGACGGUUUAAAAAGGUGCACAUUUUUCAUCGCAUUCAGCUCUUCUCACAUAGCGGUUGUAAAUAUCAAUUCUCAAACAAAUCAGGGUUUACACUCCUUCAGUUUGAGCCUGAAAACAAGAGGAACAGAAGUGAAAUGGUUAAACUAAAAAAAAGUUUGUUUUUAAGGAAAAAAGCUCAAAAAUCUGUUUAAAAAAAAA